UUGUAAUACUUGGAAAAAAAUGUGCAAAUAGUAGAAAAUUCGCUAACCUGAUCAUAAUCAGCUAAAAAAUUAAAGUGUUUUUAAAAUUAUGAAAAAGAUAAAAUAAAAGAAAAUACUCUAUAACUUCAAGCAAUCAUGAUAAGAAUAAUUUGAAGCAAUGUAAGAAUAAUUGAAUCUAACAAUACUACACCACUUUCGCAUAUUGCCGCAUACGUACGUACGCGCGUGUGAAAACAGCGGCCGGCCAGCAGCAGCAGCAGCCACAGUCCCACUAGAGCAUCUCGCGCGUUCAUUCAUUUCAUUCAUUACUGGCUUAGCGCUCGAGUCGUACGGACGUGUUUUGCUCUCUUUGCCGUGUUGAUUCGUGAUCCGGUGUUUUGAGGCGAAAAGGGGUUUUCGUUACGUUUCAUCAGUGUACUCCGAUACGACGCAGGAAAGAGCAGAUCGACGCUUCUGGUCGAUUUUCGAGCUGAGAGAUUUGAACAACUUUUUCGAAAGGAUUCUAAUGCUUUUGUGUUAAAUGGUGCCAAGACAUAUACAGCAAUGGUGCUUUCACUGAAUCUUCCAACCAAACCCAGUGUGCGAGCCGCGUCCACUAGCGUCACACCAAACGCGUUUAGUGAGUGGUGUUGAGUUCGCCGCAAAACAAACAAGCUGUUCGUGUGAAUAAUUAGUGCCAAAAUACUGAAAAGUGUUGUUUUGUGCAAGUGUUUGCUUCCGCUUAUCGGUGGAGAAAGCUCGUCCUUGGUUUGGGAUUGUUUCGUUGCCUCGCUGCUGGCGCCAUUUUAUCCGUAUCGAUUCGAUCGUGCAAGCAAUCGAACAACUUGCGGAAAAGCGUUUUAUGGCGAUCGAGCCGCGCGCUGUUUGAUGAUUUAUAUGGUAGCAAUAUAAAUAAACCGAAGCAGCCAACACGUGGUGGGAUUUAGUGUAAAAAAUUGCGAACAAGCGAUCGACCGAUCGUCAGCGAUUGCUUCUGUCAGAAUCGCGUAGUGUUUGUGUGUGUCUGUAGUGUCUUUGAGUGUGAGUGUGGAAAAGCUGGAUCAGUAGCUGGAUAUUUGAUUGCGACCAGCGUUUCUUCGUGUGUCCUUUCGCUGGUAGUUUGCGCCGAAAAGAGCACAUUGAUGAGAUUUUCCCACGUUGACGCCAUCGGAGUGAUGCAAUUGUGGUGAUUUGUGCCUCCGUUCCCUCGACACUAGGCGGACCAUCAUCAUCGUCAUCAUCACCUACUCACCGCUAGAAAUAUUUCGUUUCCCAUCCCGGUGACGCAGCCCAGACCCUCGCCACUUGACGACGCGUGGGGAACGUUUAACAGACUUUUUUUUAUCAUCAGCAGUGGUGCUUGCAACGUUGCACGGAACGUUCAAGAUGAAUCCAACGAUGAAGCUGCUGGUGCUGUUAUCACUGCUGCUAGUCCACUCGUCCGGCCACCGGAUACAGCUGUCCGACUCCAUACUGGACAUCAUCAACACGCGGCACGUGGAGCAGAUACUGGCCGAGAGGCGGGCGAACGCUUCGCGAGAAAACGAAAAGCGCUACCUGGUACAGAACGACCUCGAUGAAGAUGUCACCGAGGAUGGAGCGGAUCUCUACCAAACGCCCGAGGUGGCGAUCGACUUUGACUUCCACGGUCGGCGUCAGGGAGGUCACGGGUCCCGGCACUCGCACACCCCGGUCUCACAUAAUGGUUCCGGUGGUGGUGGUGGUGGAGGAGGAGGGGAUCUGCUCGCCGAUCUGCACGCCUACCGUGGCGACAAGCUGCUCAAGUCGAGCAAAAACGCACUGCUGGUGACGCGCAAGGAGUAUCUGAAGAAGGACUGGUGCAAGACGGAACCGCUGAUGCAGCGGAUCCGGGAGGAGGGCUGCAUGAGCCGGACGAUCAUGAACCGCUUCUGCUACGGCCAGUGCAACUCGUUCUACAUCCCGAAGUCGCCGAAGCGCAGGCGGCACGGCGGCAAACCCACCGUCGCGAGCUACUCGGCCAGCAGCAGCAGCAGCAGCAACCGGCGGGACCUGAGCGGCGACUUCGAGGACGAGGAUCUGACCGGGCCCGCGUUCCGCUCGUGCGCCUUCUGCAAGCCGAAGAAGUUCACCUGGAUGACGGUGACGUUGCGCUGCCCGUCGCUCGUGCCGCAGCUACGGCGGAAGCGCAUCCAACGCAUCAAGCAGUGCAAGUGCAUUGCCGAACCGCUCCACUGAAGUGGGCAGCGGCGAGCUGCGGCGUGCGCGUAUGUGUGAGCGUGUUGUGAGUGUGUGAGUGAGCCUGUGUGUGUGUGAAUGGACAGAGCGAUAGGUUAUACGUUUUGAUUAGUAUUAUUGUUCGUAUUGUAUUAGCCGUUAUAGCAAUUAUGUUUGGUUGUUUUAGCCUGUCUCAGUAAUUACGUUAGUUGGAUGUUGUGGACGCAUGUGUGCAUUUUUUUUUCGGGAAGUCUGUGCAUCCAGGGGGCGCGCUUUGUGGGCGUUGUUGUUUGGGGAGGGGGGGGGGGGGGGGGGGGAGCUCACAGCAAACACAAACACAUCUCGCUAUCAUUCAGCUUUUGCUAGCUGAGCCAUCUUUGUUGUGAAAGGUGAGGGUUAUGGCUUGGUUUUGUUUGGUUUUGCUGGCCAGUUUUGGGAACCAUCCUCGGGCCGGGUUGGCCAACCUUCCAUUUACGUCCAGGCGGAGAGGGCGAAGAUAAAGUUACCGGCGCGCGAAGGUGUCAGCGCUCCCAUUUUCGGGGGUUAGGAUGCGACCAGGUAGACGACUCCCACCUUUUCCCACCGGUCGGCAAGGUGGUAAUUUUCUUAGAAUGAUGAAUGGUGCUGCGAAUUUGCCAAAUGCAGAGAGAACUCGGGAGUGUGCGCGUGCUCUCGUGUACUACAUGUGGGCAUACGUAGGUUUGGGACUUUGCGGGGCUUGGGAAAGCCCCAAGAAGUUGUUACAGAACGCGGACGUUCAAUUGGGGGGGAUGUUAUAAUGAUCGUUUCUGGUGUAGCACGUUUGCAGGGUUUACCAGGUCGGAGAGGUUGAUUUGAGACACGCUCUGUCUAGAGAAGCAAAACAAUCGAUAAAGAUAUCUGAGGCCAAACUGACCGUGAAUCUGACGACUCUUCAAUGAAGGAUCGCGACGCGACGCAGGUGUUCUGCCGCUCAACCUGAAGUCUGAGCGAUGUCAGUAACUCUCUAGCAACGCGAGCGCGCCCUCCUGAGGUACUUUUCCAAGUUUCCCGGUCGGAAAGUUUGCAGAAUGUAUCAUGCGUUAGUAGCAGACCCUGGACGAUUACUCCGGGACAGUAUGGCGGUGGUUGAGUCACCGCCAUUAACGACCCCGUUCGCAGUGGUGCAUCACUAUUCUUCCUGCAUUUGGCGCACGUGACUGCGACACCACAAGCUGGGUGCUGGGAGCACCGUGCGAUUGAUUGGUGUCAUUCAGUGGGUGAAGCUUUACGAGCUACUCUAACGGCUGACGGAUGACACUGGAUGAGUGAUCGCUUUGUGACGCUAACUGCGCUCCAAAUUCUGCGCCUGCCGAGUACGUGCCCCCGUGUCCAUGAACUUGCGUGGAUCGUGGCUGGGAAGCGGGAUCUCUGAUGUCAUGCAUCGGAACCCUUGCGUGGCAGGGUUCGUCCGCCAUCGGUCGAUCGGUCGAUGAGAUAAUCGGUGGCGAAUAAAUUAGUUAUGAUUGGAACUCAGAAUCACUGUACUUGAUACCAUCCGGAUGAAAGAGAGAGAGAGAGAGAGAGAGAGAGAGAGAGGGAGGGAGAGAGAUAGAGCACACCCGAAUGGCGGUGUUAAUUAUGGGUGACCGUUUGGUACCGGGCGGCAGUUUUGGACCAAGAAAAAGCUGCUUUUGGACGGUGCUCUCUCUCUCUCUCUCCCUCUCUCCUUGGCUCACUCACCUCGGCCGAUCGGAUCGGAUUUCCGUGCCGCGAAACGAUACGCAAACGACGCAAUUGGUGAAGCUGCGGUGUGACUCAUAGCUAGCCACAGCCGCAGCGAGCCUCCACGCGGCGGCAAAUUCUGUCACCGGUGUCUGGCAUAAGUCACCACCGGGGCACCACCUUUCGGGUGUGCUAAAUUCGUGAGUGUGUGUGUCGAAAAAGUUGCCGGUUUUUGUGUGCCGUGUUACUGGAUUGGAUGUAGAAAAAAGAUCUGGAAAACAGUCAAUCGCAACGCAGCACGGGUUUUGGAAUCACCUGCAUCCGUGGACCGCCGAUUCGAUGAAUCAGCGUCUUGGAGUUCCUGGCGCGCAAUCGGAUACGGGCAGGCGGCCGAUGCUGAUUGAGCCGAGGUGUCGAUCAAUUAUCGGCGAACCAGCAGGGUUGCAGUGGUAUGCGUUUUGUGAUGCUAAUGUGUCCUCGGACACAUCAGCAGGUGACCAUGGGGCUGGGGAGUUUGUUUUUUUUGUUUUCGUUGGGAAUAUUUAUGUGGAAUAAUUUUCUGCAACGGGCCGGAUGAAGGAUGCACAGAAGGAUAAACCAAAGGAGGAUGCACAGGGAAGCGAUGAAAUGAAAUGGAGAGAAGAGUUGGAGGAUUACAUCACACAUACACAUACACAUACCAACUACCCACAACACAACAUGGUAAUAAAACAAAACAUGAAGUAAUGAAAUCGUAACCACCUUUUCUAGUUGUAGUUUGCAAAGAGAAUAUUUAUUGUAUAGCCAUGGGGGGAACGAUCGAUAAAGGGAGACAGUGAAGAUAUGGAAGAGGAUUUUUGCGAAAAAGAAACAUAAAAGUGCGGCUAAAAACACAGUGAACGUGUAACAAAACAAAUGAAAAACAAAUGAAUAUUUAACUAAAUUGAUGGCUGGAUGAUUAGAGAAUAGAACUAGCAAAAAACGAACACGAACGAAUAGGAAAGAGACAGUGGUAGAGCAAGAGCGAGACAGAGGGAGAGAGAGAUGGAUCCAGCCAUCGGAGAAGAUAUUUAAGACACAGGAAACCCCUGUAGACCCUUGUAAGCGAAAGCCAUGUCGAAAGUAUAGCGUGUUGCGUGUUAGCGAGUGUGCGUGUCUCUUUAUGUGUGUGCGUGUGUAUUGUUUCUGUUAUCAGUAAGCCAGGUAUUUAUGGACGAAAACAAAAGCAACCCCCCCCCCCUCCCCUCCCCUUUAUUAACUAGCGAUUAUAAUAAAAAAAGGCCCCAUCCAACAGCAGUAUUGAAGCUAUGAAUAUUAGAGAAACAAACAAACAAACAAACAAACAAACAAACAAUGACCGUUGUUAUUGUUCUAUUACAUGUCGAAUGUUGUGUUUAGCAAGCAGUUGUAGCAAAGUGGUUAGUAGCUUGCGUGAAAGCAAUAAAUUAGGGAAAGGAAAAGAAAGAGAAAAGAACGAACCUGCUGGCAACUUCCAGAGUGGCAUUUUGAAUAAAUAGUAAACAUAGUUUGACAGCAUGCUGUCAAAUGGAGGAGAGAGAGAGAGGGAGAGAAGGAAAAACACAA